AGGGAGAGGAAAGAAAAGGAGUCAGAAAUGGCUCUUUCUCAGGCACAGUUGACCUUCAAGGAUGUGGCCAUAGAAUUCUCUCAGGAGGAAUGGGAAUGCCUGGACCCUGCUCAGAGGGCCUUGUACAGGGACGUGAUGUUGGAGACCUACAGGAACCUGGUCUCCCUGGAUGUCUCUCACGUACACAUGAUCAAGAAAUUACAACUAAAUGCAAACACUGAUAGAGCAGAAGUAUUCCAAACACUGAUAUUGGGAAGACAUGAAAGGAAUAAAAUCAAGCAUUUUUACCUCAGGGAAAUCCAGGAAAAUAUACAUGACUUUGAGUCUCAGCCAAGAGAUGAGGAAAGAAAUUAUAAAGGAAUGCCUAUAAACCAUAACAAAAAGCUGACUGAUAAGAGAGAUCGACGUGGUAGAAGUGUUGCAGGAAUCAAGCCUAUUGAAAACAGGCUGGCAUUAAGCUUUCAGGAUGAACUGCAUAUUUUCAAAAGUGAAGAGAAAAUUGAUGAAUUUAAUCAAGCUGACAAGAGUAUCAGCAUUAGUGCCUCAUUUUCACCACUUCAAGGAACUUCUCCUACUGUCCAAACCACCAUUCCUAAUUCAUAUGAGAAUGAUUUUAUACAUCCUUCAAUACUGACACAAGACCAGAGUGCAUGCAUGGAAAGCCCUUACAAAUGUAAUCAGUGUGGCAAAACCUUUCAUCGGGGCUUAAAUCUCACUCAGCAUCAGUUGAUCCAUACAAAAGAGAAAAUAUUUAAUUGUGAUGUAUGUUGCAAAGUCUUUAGUCGAAAUUCAGACCGUGCAAUUCAUCGAACAAUUCAUACUGAAGAGAAAUCUUACAAAUAUAACGAGUGUGGCAAAACCCUUAGUCAUGGCUUGCACCUCACUGGACAUCAGAUAAUCCAUACAAAAGAGAACUUAUAUAAAUGUGAUGUAUGUGAAAAAGUGUUUAGUCAAAGUUCAUACCUUGCAGUUCAUCAGAGAAUUCAUACUGGAGAGAAACCAUACAAAUGUAAUGAAUGUGGCAAGGUCUUUAGUCAGAAUUCAUACCUUGCAAAACAUCGCAGAAUUCACACUGGAGAGAAACCUUACAAAUGUAAUGAGUGCGGCAAGGCUUUUAGUCAAAAAGGAAACCUUGCAAGUCAUCAGAGAAUUCAUACUGGAGAGAAACCUUACAAAUGUAAUGAGUGUGGUAAGGUAUUUAGUAUUAGAUCAACCCUUGUCAGUCAUCAGAUAAUUCAUACUGGAGAGAAACACUACAAAUGUAAUGAGUGUGGCAAAACCUUUUAUUUUGGCUCACACCUCAUACAACAUCAAAUCAUCCAUUCAGGAGAUAAGCCAUAUAAAUGUGAUGUAUGUGGCAAAUUAUUCGGUCAAAAUUCAUACCUUGCAGUUCAUCGGAGAAUUCAUACUGGGGAGAAACCUUACCAAUGUAAAGACUGUGGCAAAAUCUUUAAUCACAGCUCAAACCUUGCAAUUCACCGGAGAGUUCAUACUGGAGAGAAACCUUACAAAUGUAGUGAGUGUGGCAAGGUCUUCAAUCGGAAUUCAAAUCUCGUAAUUCAUCAGAGAAUUCAUACUGGAGAGAAACCUUACAAGUGUAACGAGUGUGGCAGCUGCUUUAGUCGAAAAGCAUACCUUGCGAAGCAUCAGAGUGUUCAUACAAAAGCGAAACCUUACAAAGAUAAAGACUGUUGA